AUGAACGCUGUAAAAAGGAUUGUGUCAGUCGCGUAUCUAAUAUUAUUGGUCACGUUAGUUCAGAGUGAAAACUGUACGGUAAAGAAGACGUAUAAUGGAACUAUUACAAGAGAACGUCUAAUGACUUGCCCAUCGUCUGAAUCCGACAAAGAUGCAAAAUUUUGUUGCUACGAUAAGUUUGAUAGCGUCGAUUGCUGCAAUGGUGCCGACCAUCUACGUCAUUUAAUUCUGAAAUUCAUGCCAGACCUGUUAAUAGUUCUGUUGAUAAUUAUUGGUCUGAUAUUGGCAUGUUGUAUUGUUUGUAUCUGUAUUCCAUGUUAUUGCAUCAUGAGCCGUCGUCGCCCGAUAUAUAAAGAUUCAAAUGAUAAUGCAAAUAUGGUUGCUGCCGUUUCCUUGCCCAAUGAAUCAGAAGAACAAAAUAUACCAAAAAAAGAAGUUACUCAUCAUUUGCCUCCAGGAGCUUAUCCUGUUUAUCCACAAUUCAUGGGAAUGCAACCAUUAAAAUCGACUGAAGUAAAUUGUUAA